AUGAAAGUCAGCGAGUUUAAGGCCGCAGUGAUUUACCCAAGCACAGAAGAAGACCUUGCUCGUUACAGAAUCCUUGUAAGUGAUCAGAAAACCGCCGGUGUCUAUGGUGCUGCAGUUGUUUGGGUGUAUGAUGACCUCUACAAACUGAUGGAAAUGCACCUAAGAACUGUACGAAGCCAAUUCGCUGCAACAGCUGCCACGGAGGUUGAGCAGUUUUUUAUUUCAAGUUAUGGAAUGUCACUGGUCGCUUGCGACCAGAAUGCAUGUACAUAUGCCACAUCAGAAAGAUCAUUUCGCUGCCUUGGCUCAGCACAAGACGCAAACUCAAGCCAGGCAUUACCGUGUGCAUGACAAAGUUAGAGAAACUGAUUUAGGUCAUAAAGCUGUUAACAAACUUGUUUCUCUUAUAACUGCCAAGAUUUAUGAGGCUCAUUUAGACAGAAAGGAAGAAAUCAAAGGAAAACCAUGGUCGGUGGAAGAAACGGAGCAGCUAAAGCGUUUAUUUAGUGAAGACAUUGAGACUGGAGCAAUUGAAGAACCUAAAGUGACAGAAAAGUUGUCAUCAUAA